AUGACCCCGCCUGAAUUUGAUGCACUGGUGAAGCGGCUCAUCGCUCUCCAAACUCCAAAGGUAGUGGUGCUUCUGGUUCUCCUUGUUUGGUGGCUUGAUCUACCAAAAGAAGAAGAGAACCCUUAUCAGGUGCUAGAAUUCUUCUCCGGUGUUGGGCGCAUUGCUGCCCUAUCCAAGCUUGGCGGCCUUCGAUCCGCGGCUGUGGAUAUUGUCAAUGGGGAGGAGGUUUUGGAUGCCUCGACCAAAGACCUGUUUGACAGUGACACUCUUGUGGCUGUGCAAGACCCAUAUGGUGAGAUUAUAGCAUAUGAGGAUGCCUUUGUCAAGACCUGCCGCAAGAAGGCCCAGUUGAUAUCGGAGGAUGACUUGUUCGUGGAUGGCCAGUUCAUGUCAGAACAAGACAUGAUUGAUGAGGGCUUCAAAGAGCCACGUAUCGCUGGGAUCAAAGCUGAAUGUGCUCAACAUGCAGGUUCGAUCCGGCAACAGGAUGAGUUCACUUCCCUCUUCAAAGAAGCCCGGAAGUGGUGCCUAGUCGAUGGCAUUUUGGCGCUCGAAGGUGUGCGCAGAAGCUUUGAACCUCAGCACGAGAGCUGCGCUCCAGCUGUGUCUUUGGCCCAGCAUGCUGAUGCCCUGCAGGAAGAGUUGGAGGAUCAUGAGCCCUUGCCCUUGUCCACCACUGGUGUGCUGGGGUGUCAACACAAGAAUUCCUCCAGGCAGUACAAACGAGUAGUAGCCAGGAAAAUUCCGACAUCGUACCACCAGUUCGAGGAGAAUGGAGGGACCGUCAGACUUCCCUAUCUGAAGCCAACAGACAUGCUGAAGUAUUUGCUGUCCAACGAACCGUGGAUACUUUUAGGAGGGCUGGAACCUGGCCAAGAAGCGGAGGACAUGCUGGCUACAUUUUGGAGGCUCUACAAGUCGGAGCAUAGCACUCAUGCAGUGUACAAAAUGGCCGAGGAAAAUCGGCUCUCAUUAUCUCAGACCAUCCCUGUGUUUCUUCACGGCGAUGGAGGUCGUACCCAAAAGAAGGCGCCACUGGAAGUUGUCAGUUUUCGACCAGCUUUAGGAUUGGAUACAGAAAUAAACAAUUUUGGAUGCACCUGCAACCCUUCAACAGUCUAUUGUGGUGAUUGCAAGUUGGAUCCGCUCGCACAAAGGUUGAACAAUCGAAAUCACUCAUACCUCACCCACUUUUUGAUUUUUGCCUUCCCUUCGAAGAAGUUCAAAUCGACUCCUGGCCUUUUCAAGUCCAUGUUGGACGCGGCAUCCAUGGACCUGAGAGCUGCUUGCUGUGAUGGAAUUUCAGUGGGCAACAGUCUGUACCACGUGGCAGUUUUGGGGAUGGCCGGGGACAUGGAGUACCACACCAAGUCUGGAACACUGAACAGGUCUUACCAGAAUGUUGGCUCCCGAAAUUUCCUCAGGUGCUGUGCAGAGUGUUGGGCUGGCGACAUUCGAUAUCCAUUCGAGGAUGUAUCAACAUGUCCCGCAUGGCUCUCAACUCUAUACAACAGCCCUCCUUGGACACAGACUCCACCAUUCAAGCACAUACCGUUUGAAGACUGGAACACGGGGGCUGCUGGGAGGUUUUUCAAGAAGGACCCAAUGCACAUCUUCAGACUGGGGAUUGCAAGGAAUUUCAUUGGCUCCACUAUAGUACUGUUCUGUUUGGAAGGGGUGUGGGAUUCUCCUGGAGAUUCGUUAGCGAUAGACAAUAGGUUGAUUCGUGCAUGGAGCUCCUUUGCCCUUUGGUGCGAUGCCAACAAUGUGACCUGUGGGGCUAUCAGGUCAUUCAGCAAGGCGGCGUUACACAUGCCCAGACUUGGAGUCUUCCCCUUCAUUGGAGGGAAAGCCAGUGACAGCAUUUACCUCUUAAAGUGGCUGAAGUUUGUGAGUGGUCUUGAAGGUGUUGCAAACCCAACUUCGACUUUAUUUCCAUUAGUUCUGAAGGCUGCAGUGCAAGGAUUGAAUUUCCAGUGCAUACACCGCCACGGACUGUGGCUACCAGUUGGCUGCAGGGACCGCAUCAUUCGAUAUGCACGAGACUUUGUUCAGUCUUAUGCCUGGUUGGCUCAAUACGCAUACCAGCGAAACUUGCAGCUAUACGGCAUGGUACCGAAACUGCACGCGAUGCAUCACUUCCCUGUUCAAUUGGGGCUUCAACAUGGCAACUCCUUUUGUGCCAACCCAGCCCUGUUUGACUGUUCUUCUUCGGAGGACUUCGUAGGGCGCAUCUCCAGACAAUCACGGAGAGUGUCAAAUGUAAACGUGGUUGAGAACACCAUCUUAGCAUACCGUGUGAAAUCAAAAAUGAUCAUCAAACGAUUCAAAAGAAAGAAGCAAUAG